AUGUCGUCGUCCUCAUCAUCGCAAAAGCUCAAGGUUGGCCUGCUUGGCGCUACGGGCACCGUCGGUCAGCGUUUCAUUCUCCAGCUCGCCGACCACCCGCAAUUCGAGAUUGCUGCCCUCGGCGCAUCGUCCUCUUCGGCCGGCAAGCCAUACGCUCAGGCAGUCGAAGCAAGGUGGAAGCAGAUCCGCCGAGUGCCUAGCAAUGUCGCACAGAUGCCCGUUUACGAAUGCAAGCCCGAGCACUUCUCCGAGUGCCAGGUCGUCUUCUCUGGAUUGGACUCCGGACCGGCUGGACCCGUGGAGGACGCCUUCCGCAAGGCCGAGUUGCGGGUUUUCUCCAACGCCAAGAACUACCGCACGGAUCCGUUGUGCCCCUUGGUGGUGCCUCUGGUCAACCCGGAACACAUGGAGAUCUUGCCAUACCAGAGACAGCAGGUGGGCACCAAGACGGGCUUCAUCGUCACCAACGCCAAUUGCUCCACCACGGGCAUCGUCGUUCCGCUCAAAGCGCUCGAGGAGCGAUUCGGACCCUUGGACAAGAUCCUGGUCAACACGAUGCAGGCCAUCUCCGGUGCAGGCUACCCCGGUGUCUCGUCGCUCGACAUCCUGGACAAUGUCGUGCCUUACAUCAGCGGCGAGGAGGAGAAGAUUGAAUGGGAGACGGCCAAGAUCCUCGGUGGAAUCAAGGCCGAUAAGACGGCAUUCGACUACCACGAGGAGAACGCACUCAAGGUGUCGGCGCACUGCAACCGCGUCCCCGUCAUCGAUGGUCACAUGGAAUGCGUCUCGGUCUCGUUCAAGAACCAGCCCGCUCCUUCGGUAGAGGAGGUCAAGAAAUGCUUCGAGGAGUUCACCACGGAAGCGCAAAAGAUCGGCGUUCACUCGGCGCCAGCCCAGGCCAUCACAUUGCAUCAGGAGGCCGACCGCCCACAACCCCGACUCGACCGUGACUGGCAGAACGGCGCGGGUGUCAACGUGGGACGUGUGCGCAAAUGCCCCGUGUUCGACAUCAAGUUUGUCGUGCUGUCGAACAACGUAAUGAUCGGCGCGGCCACGAGCUCGGUCAUGAAUGCCGAGAUCGCGCUUGCUAAAGGGUACCUUUCGUGA